CGACGAGUCUCGCCGGGUAGCUGCAGAGUGCGAAGAGGCAUAACGCAGUCAGAGCAACAUACAGGAAAUCUGAAACACGAAACAAAAUAUUGUGGAAGACAUGUGGAAGACCUGUUCAUUCUUCCAUUUGGAAUUCAGACAAUAGGACAAUUCAGAAAAUAUGGAAUAAACAAAAUACAAAACAUAAUACAAAAUGAAGUCAACUGUGUGACUAGUGAGACAUCUUUGAAAAGAAAAAAUACAUGAACGGCCAGAAUGGAGUUAUCCAAGAAGGAGCGGACCGAAAAGGAGUUGUCAGAAAAAUAUAUAGCUCAGGUUAAGGAAAGUCUAACGAAGCUUGAGAAUUGGGUUAAAGAGGGCAAAGAUCGAAAUGAUGCUAAAGUCAAAGACAUGGAAGAGAAGAUCCGCAUUGCUUUGGAUGUCCCAAGUGAAAGCUGGAUGAAAACUGGUCAGACUUUGAAGGAUGUCAUAGAAAACUUGCAUAAACAUCUGGACAUUGUACAGAAAAUACCAUCCUCACCUGAGAUGAUUUCAGAUAAAGAUGUUCUAAAGAAUGCUUCGGGAAGUCUGGCUUUGGAAGGCGUUUACAAAACGGGUAAUCCUGUAGACUUACUGAUGAAAAGAGAGCAGCUAAUUGAGAUUCCAGAUUCAUUUUCUCUUAGCAGCCCAAAGCAAUGUACCAGAUAUGAGCAAAAGGAAUUUUCAUCCCACAAAUCAGAAAGAGAUUUUCACAAGGUCAUGGAGAAAGUAGGCUAUAGCUUUAGUUCUGAAUUUAGCUUUGGGUUCAAAGGCUUUAGCUUUGGCUCUGGAGUGCAAAAAAAUCAAUUCAGCGAUUCAGAGCAAACAAGUUCAAAUUCACAAGAAGAAUCCUACAUUCUACACACAAAAUACAACUAUAUCCCACUUGCAUCUGGAUUUUUUGAGAAGGAUGGACUCAAACUUUCUACUGGGGCAGUUAAUGCUCUUAAAGAAAUUGAGAAGGUAAUUUUGUAUUCCAAUGACUGCAAACAAACCAGCAAAGUUGGAGGUUUUUUUGAGAGAUACGGGUCCCAUGUGAACCAGGGCCCUCUACACUUUGGUGGUGUUUUCUGGUGGAGAGCUUCUGCAUCAGGCUUCAGAAGAACUGAUUUGUCAGAGGUAAAAAAGUUGACUUCAGAAUCUCUGGAUGCUUACUGUGGUGCUGGAUUUGGAUUUGGUUCACUGUCCGUCUCAGGCAAAGUAGCAACAUCUUCCACACAGCUGAAGGGAUCUUUCACAGGGAAAUACAGAGAGGACUUGAUGAGUCAAGUGCAGCUCUCAGUCAGUAAAACCGGUGGUCCUGCUGAGAUUGAUGACUACUUGCAAUGGAAAACCCAUCUUGCCAUUAAAAACAGAACAUGGAGUCUUAUUGACAAAGGAACAAACCUGAUUCCUGUCUGGGAAAUAGUGCUGGCUUCUCACAGAGAUGAUUUUGAAGAUGUGUCCAAUUUAAGCAGAAUUUUGAUGGAAGCAUACACAGACAUUACCAAAGAAAAUGUCGAAGAGGUGCGGGGAGAGAACAUUAUUUCACAAGAGAAAAAAGCAGAAACACUGAUUCAGUCAGUAAAGGGAUGGAUUGUCACUGACUGCGAAAUACACUUGACAAAGCUGUUGAACUUCAAAAACAGUCUCUUUGAGGAAACAGGAACUCACAAAAUCUGGUUUCGGAAAUGUCUAUCAAAUGAGAUUCUUCAAAAUUAUUUGCUUGAAGUGGCUACAACAAACAACAAAUCCAAAGCUGUAAACUUAAGAAUUUUAACACGCUCCCUGUUGGAACCGCAUCUUUAUAAUACAGUGGAGAACUUCCCAAACAGAAAGACUGUUGUGAAUUGGGCUUACCAAACAGAAGGCGACUCCCAUGACCAAGUUUCUGUUUCUGAAUACUCAGACCUAAGCAGGAUCUUGCAGUCUGUCAAAAAAGAACUUGAGGAAAGCAAUCAUGCCUUCAGGUCUGCUGAACAGGAACACAGUGCAAAUAUAAAAGCUACCAAAACUGUAGCUCUCUCACUUAAAUCAUUUUGUAAGUCCUUGGGAGAAAAUGAUCAAAAGGAAGCUGAACUGUUGGUACUAUCCAUAAUCACAGUUUUAGGGUACAACAGAGAAAAUAAGACUUUUAAUCAUGCUCUGUGCAUGAAUGAAAUCAUAUUCUUGCAGUUUGAACUGCAAAAAGCAUUUAACACGUUCCCCUCUCUAAAAGAGCAGUGUUCCAUUAGGGUACAGGCCUUCCUGUUGCAGACAGCUUUGACUGUUUCGACCAAUGCAUACAUCAUUAUUUCACCUAAAGAAAAGAAAGAAAGAUUGCAAUUCAUACAAAGACAGCUAAAGAACAAGCUUUCAAGUAACAUUGAAUCAGUGAUUGAGAAAAGCCGAGAUGAUUGGGAAUCCCUGGAGAGUGCAUUACAUUCCAUAAUAAUGGGUACACAGAUGAGUGAUGGAAGUAUGACAGUGGAGGAGUCAGUCAGUCAGCUGGAAAGUAUUCUAAUGAAGCCAGUGGCAAUUCUAUCUGAGGUUCAGACAACAGAUGAGCAAAAUACAUCAGUGCUUCACAAAAGUGAAAACACAAGCAACUUCAUAGGUCUGCUUCUGAAGUUAGGUCUACAAGACUCCUACCCCAAAAAGAUGACAAAGACUAAUGUUCUUGUUACAGACAGAUUAUCGUUGAGUGUAAAAGACCCCAAAACAGAAAAAGACUUGAGCUCCCUGUAUCUCUACAAACUCAUGACAUUGGACUACAGAGCCAGGUAUCUGUUUGUAAAACCUGAAGCAACUAUCUUGAAUUUCGAAGAGGAUUGUGCAAAUCCUGAGAAUGAUGAUGACUUCUUUGAUGUUGGUGAUAAAUCAGAAAUGGUGCUGAACAGCGGACAGGCACACAUUCAUCCGAUGGAUGUCCACAUGGCCAUUUUCCACUGUUCCAAUGACUUCUUGCGACAGUACAUUUUUACAAAGCUCUCUGCAUGUCAGUUUAGCCUGCCCUUCUUAGUACCCAACCCCUGUACAGGUGAAGUGGAAUUCCCCCUCUGGGCACUCCGACAUAUCAGAAAAUCCUGGCAUAGCAAAAUACAAGGUGUGUCUGACACCUGCGGAAAGUACCAUAACAGACAGAUGUUCAAUACACCAGUGCCAAUUGUGUCCUUUAUCAGAUUGGGAGUUUCUGAUUCCAAUUCCAAGUCACAGAUAUUAAAUUGUGUCAUCAGCAAACAGAGGCAUGAUGUGUUCUUCCACCGUCAUUGCAAAGGUAGCACUCCAGACAGCAUGCUCAUGCGUGGAGUUGUGGAGAUUGCAUGGUACUGUCCUGGAGGGAAGGAAGAUGAUACAUUUGACGAUUGUGUGGCCUUUCUAAACCUUCAUGGUGAUGCUGCAGAACAUCCAAAACAACUUGAAUUUCUUCAAGCAGUAAGUACAGUCAAUGUGCUUCUACUUUCAGAGCAUGCUUUGAGCAAAACUGCUAAAGAGGUCUGCCAGAAACUAUCCAAGUCCUCCGUCCCCUUGAUAUGCUUGUUCUCAGGCGCAGACAGACUUCAGCAGUCAAAUAACCCUACAAAGGUGAAACUAGCUGCAAAGAGUAGAAAUCAAGCUGAAUUAACAGAGGAACUGAUUUCAAGUAUCGAACACUGCCUCACUGGAAAUGAGCAGACUGUGUCAAUUGAAGAGUGCUGUGAAGAGGCAAGGAAGCAAAAGUUCAUAAUCGAUGAGGAUAAACAAUCAUGUAAAGAUGGGUAUGCACAGGCCCAAACAUUAAUGUGCCUUCUGAAGGAUGUAAAUUUGUCCAAACUCAAGGAAAUGAUUUUACCACUACAGGGUAAAUUGUGGCAUGAUUGGUGCAAAAAAGACAAAGAGCAAUAUCGAUUACAAUCCAAAGAAAAUGAAGGCAUCGAAGAACAGCUGAGUAAAAUCUCAGCUGAGAGGACCAAUAUCCGGAAGGGACAACUCCAUGCAGCCACUCCUCUCAAUGACUUCAUGAGAUCAUUCCUGGAAUGCUUAACUACACCUUGUCAGUUUGAAGACACCCAUCUGUACACGUUGCAGUGGCUCAGAGUCCUCUUGGAUGAUCUUACCACUGACAAGCUUGGAUGGCUUGAAGAGGAUUAUCAUUCAACUUGGAGAAAAAUGACAAGUGUACCCAAAGAUAAAGGAAAAACAUCAGCUGUGUCUCUGCAAGUCAAACUGGACAGAAUAACUGAUGAAAUGGCUGCUGCGACAGUUGGAUUGCAGCAUAUUAUGAGAGAAGUUGGUCAACUCUAUGAGGCCGUUCAAACAUGCAUACAAGAUGGGAAAAACAUUGAACAAUAUGUCACACUUCCAAAAAUAGGAGUGACAAUGCUACGUUCUGGGUAUCCACUUGAAAUAAUGGAUGGGGAUGCUGCCCAUGUGCCUUUAACAUGGAUUAAGGCAGUCCUGGAUGAGCUCAUCAAAAGCCUUGGAGACAAAAAGGUGUUUGUGCUGUCCAUUCUAGGAAUUCAAAGCUCUGGGAAAUCCACACUGCUGAAUACCAUGUUUGGUCUUCAGUUUGCUGUGAGUGCUGGAAGGUGUACCCGUGGAGCCUUCAUGCAGCUUGUGGAAGUGGACUCUAGUAUUAGAAAUGACCUUGGAUAUGACUUUGUCCUGAUUGUAGACACUGAGGGACUCCGAUCACCAGAGUUCAGUGCAAAAACAUCACUGAACCAUGACAACGAGCUUGCCACUUUUAUCAUUGGACUUGGUGAUACAACAGUGAUCAAUAUCAUGGGGGAGAACCCUUCUGAGAUGCAUGACAUUCUUCAGAUUUGUGUCCAGGCCUUCUUGAGAAUGAAACAGGUUAAAAUCACGCCUAGUUGCAUUUUUGUGCACCAGAAUGUGGCAGAAUCAUCAGCUGGAGAUAAAAACGUUGAGGGAAGGAGACGUCUCUUGGAGAAACUGGAUGACAUGGCUCAAAUGGCAGCAAAAGAGGAAAAUAUUGAUGAUAUCAGUGGCUUCAGUGAUGUAAUACACUUUAACAUUGAAACACAGGUAUUCUACUUCAAAGGUCUUCUGGAAGGGGAUCCUCCCAUGGCCCCACCUAAUCCUUCCUAUAGUCAGAAUGUUCAAGAUCUGAAGAUCAAACUCCUAAGAGCUGCAUCAAUGCAGAGGAAAUGUACCUUUUCUUCGCUGUCAGAAUUCAAAUGUAGGGUUUCUGACCUUUGGACUGCACUCCUGAAGGAAAACUUUGUGUUCAGCUUCAAAAACACAGUUGAGAUGAUGGUGUACAGUUCUUUGGAAAAUAAAUAUGGAGAUUGGUCAUGGAACCUGAGAAAAUAUUCUUUGAACCUUCAGGCUGAGCUGGAGAAUCAAAUUGGCAGCAACCUAAUUCAGAAUGUGGUUGCAGCCGAUCUUAUGGAAACGUAUGACAAAGUCUAUGAUCCUCUGAAGACUGAGAUUGAGAAGUAUUUCACAGAAGAUAAAAACAAAGACACCCUCAUAAAGUGGAAGGCAAAUAUUGACAAACGUUUUGAAAGUCUGAAGGAUGAGCUUAUCAAUGCGACCAUAAAGAAAUGUAAGGAAUUACUUACUUCAAAGCAAAACAGGUCAGAACUGGACGAGAGGAAAACCCAGUACACAGAUGAACUGACUCAGCAGAGUAAAAGACUGGCAUCUAAACUUAAAGACAUGCAGCUGAAAGAUGAGCAAGUGAUGCAGAAGUUUGAUGAACUCUGGAUUACCUGGACAAGUGAGGUGUUGAAUUCACAGCCCAGUCAGAAUCCACUGAAUGUGAGAGCUAUAGUGGAAUCAGUCCUCUUAAAACGGUUUAUUAAACAACCAGGCAUCCAAGACAAAAUUAAAAGAGGCUUAUUUCAGUUUGACCCAAAAAAGCACAUUCAACAAAGUGCUUGGAAAAGGUUUGAGAGCUUGGUGUUUGGCAGUCCUUUCAGCCGUUCCGUUGAAGUUUUCAAAAGCAAUGUUGCAAGUGCAACUGAUGAAUACAUCACAGCCAAGGAAAAUAAUAAGGAUUUUGAUGAAAACUUCAUCUAUGAAAUCUUGUCAAAUAUUGAGACUAAAGUCCUUGCAUUUGAGGGAAGACCGGAAAAUCCUAAAUUUACCAAUGAAUUCAAGGUGGAUCUCUCUGUCCAUCUGUGCCUCACAAAUGUUCCAAGAUUUCAGAGGAUGCAUGUAGAAUUUAGGACUGCAAACCAUCCACUAUCAUAUUUAGAAAGUCAGAGAGACAAAUAUCUCCAGUCUUUCAAAAAUUACUGCAAAGGAGCCAGCUCUGUAAAGAUAUUUGUGGAUUUUCUGUGUAAACACAUCUCACCAGAGGUUUUGAAGGCAGCAAAUGAGAAACUCUGUCAACAGAUAGCAGAUGACAUGAAAUUCAACAACUCUGCUCUCAAUGGCAACCGAUCAAAUCUUGAGAAUCAUAUACUACAGCAUCUGGCAACUCAAGAGAACUUCAAAAUGUAUGAAGAAUAUUUAGAUUUCCCAAAGAAAUACUUCGACAGAUUUAUCCAGGAAAAAGUAGAUGAAUAUAGAUGUGAUAGCAGAAACUUAGAUGCCAUCCACCAGGAACACCUUCAGGCCAUGAAAAAUCAAAUAUUAGCAGCAAGUACAGCUGUAACUAUAGAAGUGGAUGAGAAGGCAGGCAAUGCACACAUGUGGCUUGACUCGUUCUGCAGACAUAUUGGGCAUCUGAUUACAAUAAAGAGAGAUGAAUUGCAUUGCAUUGAAAAUGAAGACAUUGGUGACUGGCAAUUCUUCAAAGACAUGAUGGCCAUAUCCUUAGAAGAGAUGAUCAAAGGUGAGAAAUUGGAUGCGGAGGCAGUGAGAGAGAAACCUACCAAAAAUCUUCUCCAGCAUUUCGAGGGAUGUUGGGCACAGUGUCCUUUCUGCCAAGCUGUCUGCACAAACACCAUCCCUGACCAUGAUGGAAAACACAGUGUUAAGUUUCAUCGCUGUGAGGCUCUGACUGGGUGCUUUUAUGAUAACACAGACAAUUUUUCUGUAGAUUUUUGCACCACAUCAGUUAACAGUGAUAAAAGCUUCUUUGCCCAUACAAAGAAUAAGUGGAUCCACUUCAAGACCUACGCAGAUGCUGGAGAUCCAUAUGAUAAAUGGAGCAUUACUGCAGAUGGCACUGGGCAGCGCUACUGGAAAUGGUUCAUUUGUACGUUUCAGACAGAAUGGGAGAACAGGUAUGGAUUUAAAUUCAGAGGCCGUGGAAGUAUCCCAAAUGAAUGGAAAACUAUAACAAAACAAUCUGCUUUGGAAGAGCUGAAAUAAUUUCAGAUGUACACAGUACUGUAGAGGUGUUCAAUUUCUAGUGCUAUGGCCAAUCAACAUCCAUAACAAACCAAAUCUUACUAAUAAAGCAACCUUUAUGGGUAAAAAGCAUCACCAACAGAACAGCCUUCAAGAGAGUUGCACUGGGGUUAUCAACCAGGUACCUCCCUUUGUUAAUGUUUCAUUGAAAUAGACCCACAAUAUCUUCAGAGGGCUCAACAGUGUUGUCUGGAAAAUAUUGACAUCUUCUUCAGUCCAAUACUGUGGCCAUUUAUGAUCCAAUCAUCAAUAUAACCAGAUACACCACAAGCCCUUGAUACAGCCACUGACAAAUACCAAUAAGUUCUUCAGUCAAUUUUCUUCAUUGCUAUGGCCAUUUAUCAUUCGAUCAGCUAUAUGUCCAAACAAAUGCAAACCCUUGAUGAAGACACCAACACGUAUCCAGUUCUUUGAACAUUCCUUGUCAUUAUUGUGGCCAUAUAUGAUCUGAUCAACAACAUAACGAGACAAAACAUGAAGCCCUAGAUGUGGGCACCCACAAACUCCAACAAAUAUGAAAUUCUUCAGUCAAUCCUCUUUGUUACUGUGGCCGUUUGAUCCAAUCAACAACUUAACCAAACAAAACACAAUCCUUUGAUUUGGCACCAGCAACUACCACUCCGGAAACAGUGGUCAUCUCAGAAUCAAUUCAGGAUACAGCAUGACCCCAAGAAGUCUGUGAACGCCUCAGCCAAAGCUGUUGGCUUGCCUUUUCAGCAUCCUGCAAUAACUGUUUUACAACCCCUCUCAGUGACCAACCAAAAUGUAACAGAAGUGUUGUGGCUGACUUUGCUACAAAGCCUCGGUAAUCUAUCUGAAUUAGUUGCGUGUGCUCUCAAGCCAUGCCGCCGUAGUUCGGCUACUAGUUCUGCAUACUUUAACUUCCUCCCUUCAAAGACUCCCUCCAUCACGUCAUCAAAGGGAACAGUUAAGUGAAUAUGGCAAAUAAUGUGCUCUCUCUCCAAAUACAACACUAUAUCUGGUCUUGAAGUUGUCACAAUAUACAGUGGAAUCUGCAGUUGCUUUCCAACAUCAACCAGGAGUUUCCAGUUCUAGUUUCCUAUCUACCUGCCUGCACUCACUCACCUGCACUCCAACAUCUUACUGAUCUCCACCUCUGCAGUCAGUCAAGGUCCCUGCGGUCCUCCAACAAGAAUCAGCUUUCCCCACAGUCUACCACUCCAUAUACAGUAUGCACUGCCACCUCCCUAGGUGUGUUAAAAAAACUCCUAAAAACACACCUGUUCUCUGAGGCCUUUACUGUGAGUCAGGCUAGUGGAGUUGGAAGAACAUCAUUAGUGGCUCCUAUAUUUAGGGAGGAAUACGUUCAACUAGUUAAUCCAUCAUUAUAAAUGACAAAAAAAGUGUCAAAAUUGCUCUUCAUUAAAUGCUUGAAUAUAUGCAUGAAUAUAUGUACUCAAUAAUGCAUGAAAACAACAUGCUAUCAUGAUCAGUAAAACGUCAUCUAUUUUUUAACUUGAGUGGAACUGUCUGUUGAGUUGUUGCGCAUAAAAAAUAAAAAAAAAUCCUGUACUAAUGCAUGCCUUCAUUUUUACCAUAGUGUCUAUCCACUCAUUACCUGAAUUGUUUCUUUUUAAUGAUUCUCUAUAACUUCUACCGAAAGACUUAGGGAUGGACCACAAAAAAGAUCCCAAGCUUUGCCAGAUUGUGUGUAAGGUGUCUGACUGCAUGGAUCAUUGCUCUGUGGGCUGAAGGUCACAUGCAACGACCUAUUUAGAAUUACAAUCUCUGUGUAAAUGCCUAGCUGCUAUGCUUGAAACAUAAUUCUGCCCUCUAUUUGUACAUAGUUUGGUUUCCUGAAUGAUGAUUCCCAUAGAGGCAUUUGAAAAGAGCAUUUUAUGUGAUAAAGAACUUUGUGGUUGUUUUUCCAUGACAUCUGAAAAAUAUAUCGAUAUUUUUCAACUUUAUUUUGGAGAACAUUUGUAUGUCUUCACUGAUUAGAUAGCCUUUACCUACUGAUUAUAUCCUCCAAAUGUACAUCAACCAAACUGCUUUGUUUAUCCACAUAACGUUGUUAAACCAUAAUGACUCUUCACUUUUCAAAUAUUGCUGCACAUCAUUUAUUCACUACAUUGAUCAAUGGA